AUGGAAGAGCAGUCGCCCGGUUUAACGGGCGAGGAUCGGUCAGUUGUAGACGUGUUGGUAGAGUACGCAGCCCCUCGCUACCUGUCGCUGGCUCUCGACGGGUACUCGCUGCUGCUACUAGACUUUGUGCACGCCUCCACUGUCGUGCUCAACUCUUCCGACAUGGGCGCUUCGUGUCCGCGCACGGCGGCCGUGACGUUUCUCGGUUCGCUAUUAUCGCUGCCCGACGGACUGAUGAGCGCGCCCAUGCUCCAGCCAUAUCCACACCAAUACAACACCGUGUCCUGUCCAGAUCUGAAGGAGCAUGUUCUAAACAUCGUAGUUCGCGUGUGCCGUCGCGAGGGCGCGGCGGCGGCGCGAUGUGCGGGCGCAUGCGCUCUCACGGCCCACGUGUGCCAUCUGUUGGCUGCGCGCACGUACUGCGAGCGGCUGCCGGCGUAUGUCACGUGUCUGCUGCAGAUGCUCAUGAUGAAAAACAAAAAUAUUGCGAAAGUCGUCAGCGACUGCAUAUUGGUGCUAGCCGAUUACACCGAUCGAAUAGUGGAACAAUAUCCUGACUUAGCUGGUAAAAUAAUAAGGUGGAUAUGCGCGUGCCUAGCGCAGCUAUCAGGCAGUAGUACGCGCGAGGGCGCCCGGCCUCUGGCGGGCUCGUUACUGCUUUGCUUGGCGGAGUUCGCGGUGCGCUGCGGCCCGGCGCGCCUCAUGCAAGAGCAGGAGGGCGGGCAGACGCUGCUGCUGAUUAUAUUUAAGGUGCUAUAUGCUGUAAUGAAAGGAACUAAUGGAUCUGAAAUAGAAGGACUGUCUUUGCCUGUAGAUGAAGAUUUUGACCCAAAUAUACAAUUGGACAAUUUGGGACCCAAGACGGCACCGGCAUCUACGAUCGAUGUCAAACUUUGGGCUCAAACGAUAUGCACGCAGCUAGUGGUGUUCCUGGGCCACUGGCCGCUGUGGAGCGGCUGCCAGCUGUCGUCGAGCGUGUGCGAGCAGCACGACAGCCCGGCGCUGGGUGGCGAGCUGGGCCCGGCCGUGCUGGGCGCGCCGCACGUGCUGCUCAUGCGGCUCAGCGACGCGACCCUCGCCUCCUUCGUGGAGCUGCCGGCGCUCGACCUGCCCGCCGGCGCCGCCGCCACCACGCCGGGGUUAUCGACCUCAGACCGUCAAGUGCGAGUGUUGCUGCGCGACAUAGCCGGCAAAGCGUGUUGGGACGCGUCGGCUUUAUAUUACGACCCUUCAUCCACCGCCUCCGAACCGAUCGAAUUGCUGCCUUUGCCAGACAGUGUGGACAGUCCAAGGGAUACAACAUUAUCGUCUCUACCGCCUCCAUUACCUCCGGAUUUGUUACCCGAUUACAUAAACUCACCGCCUGAUAAACAUCAGUUAGACCACGUUCUCGCAUACAUCGGCCACACCUCCCCCGAAGUGGUGGGCGAGAGGCGGCUGGACAGCGCGGGCGCGUCGCCCUUGCCCCCGGGAGCCGAAGACGAGCUCGUAGCCGCUCUGGUGGCGCACAGAAAUGCCGAGCGGCAAUAUCUCGCUAACAAGGACAAUUGGUCAGAGCCGGAACCCGACGGGCAGUGGGGAGGAGGCGCGCCGCGUGCUUUCGGGCAGGGCCGGCGCCUGCUAACGCAGCUGGGGGCCCUGGCGCCGGCGCGACGCCCUCACGCGCAGCUGUUACGCCGCUCCGACCGAUUGCUGCGCGACGCUCGUAACUUAGACGCACAUAGAUGCCGCGAGACGCAUAAAGUAGCGGUGAUAUACGUCGCCAAAGGCCAAGAAACGCGCAACGAGAUCCUCUCGAAUCGCUGUGGCAGUCCGGCCUACGAAGCUUUCCUGGCUGCUCUGGCCUGGGAGGUGGAGCUAGAGAGUCACGUGGGCUUCACGGGGGGGUUGCGGGGAGGCGGCGGCGGCGGCGUGAGCGCGCCCUACAUCGCCACGCUCACGCUGGAGGCGCUGUUCCACGUCAGCACGCGCAUGCCGGCCGACUCGCCCGACGCUAUGCUCAACAAGACUCGUCACCUUGGCAACGACGAGGUGCACGUGGUGUGGAGCGAGCACUGGCGGCCGUACAAGCGCGACACGCUGCCCACGCAGUUCUGCGACGUGCUCGUCGCGCUCUACCCGCUGCCCGGCGGCCUGCUGCGCUGCACCGUCGCCAGGAAGCCCGACGUGAACGUCUUCGGCCCUCUAUGGGAAGAGUGCAUAAUUCGCGUGGGUUGCGCAGCGGCCUUAGUCCGCGGCGCGGCUUUCAGCGGCGGGCGCGCGGUUCGAGCCACCAUGCCGUUGUACCAGCACGCGUAUGCCGAGCGCGCGCGAAGCCUGGACGCGCUGGUGGCGCAGCACACGCUGCCGGCCACCUUCGAGCGGUUCGUGGAGCGCGUGCGCGAGCCCGUCCCGCCUGACCAGCCCGCGCCCGCCACAGACGCCGCAGAACAAGGAAGCGGUCGACUGGCGGCUGCGCUGCUAGACCACGGCGCGAGCGCAUGGGGAGCCGCGGCGACUGACGCGCACACCGUGUCCCCGCGGCCCGCUAAGCGCCUGGGCGCGCUCGGACCCUUCAAGCGGCCGCUCGCGCAACACUCCGCGCCCGCCACCGCGCCCGCCACCGCGCCGCCCGCCGCGCCGCGCCGCAACCGGUGAGCCGGCCCCGCCCCCGACCCGAAUCGACCGAAUGUCAGCCGAUACGCCCCGAUCGAUGGCCGACUUUAAUUACGGCCUCGCUUGCCUCAGCUUAAACCAGUGUUUUUCAACCUGGGGGUCGCCAAGCCUCUAUAGGGGGGUCGCCAGGCCUCUAUGGUCGCGAGAGGUCGUAAAAACUACCUC